AUGCAUUACACUUCCACUCCCGAAAAUACGAGCAACGCUGAAUAUAUAAAUAACUUUGAUUUUAAUAUUUAUUCACAAACUUCAACUUUAACUACUGAUUAUAUUGAAAAUGAACUUUACAACCCUUUACAACAAAUUGGCCAGCAAGCCAUUCAACUUGUAAAUCAACAACAACUUGACGUCACUAAUUUUAACUUCUUUCCAAACAACAAUCACCCUCCUCUUGAUAAUCACAUCGACUUAUCACCUGCCGAAGAAAAAUUUCAUUACACAACACCGAACCAAUCAGACUUCGCUGCGGCUUCGCCACACGGAUAUUCCGAAAAUAACGCUUCAACACCUUUAUUGGAAUCAUAUACAAAUAACGGAACAUAUUCCGCUCACACCACUCCAAUUCUGUCCGGUGAACCUUUAUAUCAAGACAGCAACAGCAGCAGCAACUUCCUUUUGUUUUCUCCCGUGGUCAAUAAUUAUCAGAACCUUUCAAUAAAUACUUCACCCUCCGCUUUUAGCGACUUGCACAUAUCUGACGAUAUCGGUUCAACUCCGACCGUUCCCGGUUUUGGAACACCGUACACUGCUGACUAUUCUACUGUGCCCUCUCGCACUCCUUUAAUCACUCCCCAAAAUACGCCCUAUAUCAAUACACCUUACGUCACUAAUAGCCCAUUCUCAGUCGCCUCAACUAUAAAUACUCCUUUUGCUUUGCCGCAAACUCCUCUUACCUUCGACACCCCUCUUGUUGAGCCAAGUGGUGCGGACCCUAAUUUAUACGACGAGAGCGGAAAAACUGGAAGUUGGUUCAAUUUAUUUGCUGCGCCUUCCGCAAACGUUUUGAAUUAUAGUAAUCUUAAAGGUUCCCCUUCCGUUUACGAAGACAACACUAUUUACGAGAAAUCCAUCGACCCUUUAUUUGACGGCUGUUACGUCAAUAAUCAAAUAGUGAACAUGGCUACCAUUUCUCCAGAGUACGUUGGUGCCGUUCCUUCUGAUAAUGGUGAAAAGAAGGUUGAUACUCUUGAAUUGGCUCCUGGUAGCCCAAAGGGUCGUCAACUUGAUACUUCAACUCUUGCUCUGACAGACAAAUCUACUUCACCUAACACAGCUCUUAUUGCCGCUGCAGCUGUUGAACAUACUACAACUUCCCCACCAAAAUCAGUGACAGAGUCCACCGACUUGUUAAAACUUGAAAACGAUCAAGGAAAUGUUAAAACGGAGCAAGCGCUUAUUAUUUCUCACCCAACCCAAACCCCUGAUUCCGCUCCCACCACACCGGUGGACGCCCCUAGAUUACUAGCGAUUAGACCUCAUCCUCAAGACGAUGAUGAUUCCAUUGAUAAUGAAUCUACGAGAAGAAGCAAGCGUCAGCGAACGAUGAGCGUUUCUGAAGAAAAUGAAGAGGAGAAUGAUGAUGAAUCAGAGAAGAAGUACAAUUGUCCUGAUUGCGGUAGAGGUUUCAAUCGUAAAUUUAACAUGCAGACACAUCGGGCAACUCAUGAUCCCAAUCGUGUCAAGCCUUUUGCUUGUGAUCAUCCAAAUUGUGGCUCAAGAUUUACUCGCAAGCAUGAUUUGAAGCGACACAUUAAUGGUAUUCAUAAGGGUGAAAAGGUUCAUGAGUGUACAGUGUGCAGAAAACCGUUCUCUCGUAAAGACGCGUGGAAGAGGCACAUCACUACUUGUGGCAAGAUGUAA